CUGGUCGCCGACGGAGACCAGAGACCGGAGACCAGCUCCACACAAAGUUCAUAUGACAGACAUUUCUCUACCAGUAGAUUUCUCUAUACGAGGAAGAAGAAGAUGUUGGAUCGCUGCUUCUUCCGACUUCUAUCGAUAAUCCUACUCGUAGUCUCUGUAAUCUCACAUGCCAAUUCCCAAAACAAUCUAUACGAAGACUGCAAAAAACAGUUUCAAUGCGGGAAAAUCGCCGAUUUAGGUUAUCCUUUCUGGGGUGGAAACCGGCAAGAAUCAUGCGGCCAUCCUUCGUUCAAGCUCAAUUGCACCACCGCCGAUUCUCAACCCACAAUCACGAUUCAAUCAUGGGAUUACCGAAUACUCGACAUCAACAACCCAUCAAAAUCCAUCACCGUCGCUAGAAACGAAUUCGUCGACAACAGUACCUGUCCAACAAGUCCCCAAAACGCAACCUUAGAUAACACCCUUUUUAAUUACGCCGCCGACGUCGCCAAUUUGACUCUUUACUAUGACUGUAUCGAACUGAAAAACAACACCUGCGAUACCGCCGCUAAUAACACCAGUUUUAAUUUCUACGUAUCAACUUCAGCUUCCAAUAGGACCAAUACCGUCCUCGGAUGCAAUUCCUCUGCAAUUGUUCAGGUGAAUCAGACGUCCGGCGAGGCUCUGCUCAGCAAUUCAUCGUCAAUUGAGGUGACGGAGGCUAUAGACAGCGGGUUUGGGCUUGUCUGGUCGGCUAACGAUGAGGCGUGUAGGAAUUGUGUUAAAUCAAAGGGAGUAUGUGGCUCGAACGCGAACAACGCUGGUGCGUUUAUCUGUCAUUGUCCUGAUGGUGAUGAUAGCGAGAUAUGUGGAUCAAACAGGUUUCCUCUUGGGAUGACAUUAGGUAUAGGACUUCCAAUUAUUCUUCUCCUUGUAUUAGGAAUAAUCUUAGGAGUCUACUUUUUCAAAAGAAAAAGAAAUGGUAAGACCACGAGGUCCACGACAGCUGCUAUUGUAGCAGGCAAUACAAAUGUUGAGCAAUUCAUGAAAAACUAUGGUGCCAAUGUUCCAAAAAGGUAUAGCUAUCGCCAAAUUGAAAAGAUUACCAAAUCAUUCGUCGAUAAACAAGGCCAAGGAGGUUUCGGGACUGUAUACAAAGGGAAGUUACCAAGCGGGCAACUUGUGGCAGUGAAGCUCCUCAAGGAAGAAGGAGGGGAUUCACGUGAUUUUAUGAAUGAAGUCGAGAGCAUUAGUGUGACUUCCCACGUCAACGUGGUUUCUCUUUUGGGUUUUUGUUACCAAGGUAAGAAACGAGCUCUAGUCUAUGAGUUCAUGCCAAACGGUUCGCUAGACAGGUUUAUCUGCGAUGACCCGAGUCUUCGGUUGGAAUUGAAACUAUUGUAUCAGAUUGUGAUUGGGAUUGCCCGCGGACUAGAGUAUUUGCACCAGGGCUGCGCCACUAGGAUUGUCCAUUUUGACAUAAAACCACAUAAUAUUCUUCUAGACGAGGAAUUCUGUCCAAAAAUAUCUGAUUUUGGAUUGGCCAAACUUUGCAAGAAGAGACAGAGCACAAUGUCCACUAUGGAUCAACGGGGAACAAUUGGGUACAUUGCCCCGGAGGUAUCUUCUAGAGCGUUUGGGAAGGCUUCUCACAAGUCCGAUGUCUAUAGCUAUGGGAUGAUGGUUCUUGAGAUGGUGGGUGCAAAAGAGAUUAAAGAUGAUGACCAAACUAGCGAGGUGUACUUUCCCGAUUGUAUCUACAAAAGAGUCGUGAAGGGAAAGGAUCUACAACUUCCAAACGCGACUACUGAGGAGGAAAAGGAGCUUGGGGUAAAGAUGAUAUUGGUUGGGCUGUGGUGCAUUCAAAUAAAUCCAUUGCAAAGGCCGUCAAUGUGUGAAGUGGUGAAAAUGUUAGAAGGAAAUGUUGAUGCCAUGGAAAUUCCACCAGAGCCAUUCAAAUUUUCACCUUCCAGGGCCGUCAUUAAUGAUUCUUCAGACUCAUCAUCAUUAUUGUCCGGGAUUCAAUCGAGAAACCAAGAAUAAGGGUUACAUUAUUUUGGUCAAUAUUAAUUACAUUGGUUGUAAGUGACAAACAUUUUCUUGGGGUUGAUUUUCAAUUCUUCUAUGAAUCAAUUAAUUUAGAAUUGAC